UUAAGCAUGGAAUUUUCUACGUUCUUCAUGUUCGUAUCCCACAUACCAGUCAUGACUUACAUAACAUUAGGUAAAGACAGAGAUCGCUCAAUGCUGUUCCCAGAUUACUACUUUUUUGCUGAAAGACGUUUAGUAAGCCAUACAAUCGAAACUAAAUACGUCAAGGACUUGGAAUACUGUGAGCUUUUCUGCUACAUGAACGACAACUGUGUCAGUGCUAACUUCAAAAAAGAUCCAGAGACUGGAGGAAUGUCUCUUAUUUGUGAACUUAACAACGCCACUCAUCUUGAAUAUGAUAGUGACCUUACGACUGAUGCCGUUUUUUAUUAUCGUGGUUCAAAGAAUGCCUGUGCUAAGAAUUCACUCUGCCAAAAUGAUGCAGCUUGUCAGUCCGGUUUCACAAUCAAGGGAUAUCGAUACUUGUGCCCUCCUGGACUCGAGGGAAAAUACUGUGAAAAACAUAUUGAUGAAUGCCAAGCAAACACCCACGAUUGUCAUCUGAAUGCUACUUGUAAUAACACAAAUGGAUCCUUCAUGUGUACCUGUUCAUUUGGAUUUAACGGAGAUGGACGUAACUGUACAGCCCAUCCUUGUUAUCAUUGCACAAAUCUGGAUGAUUUUGACAGAAAGAGCAGUUACAAAGGAAAGAAUCCUGCAAAGUGUGACGACAAACUCAAAGGUUGGUAUCGUUUCGUGAGAGAUGCAGGAAAACAAAUGCCAACCACGUGCGUAAAGGAACGCCGUUGUUGCACAGACCGUCAAGGAUGGUUGGACGGUGAACAUCCUACAGUGGAAAAUG